UCCGAUCCGGGUCUGGCCAUUCCCGGGGCAGGUUUAAAAUAAUGGCUGAAGAUGGCAGUGAGGAGAUUAUGUUUAUUUGGUGCGAGGACUGUGGGCAGUACCACGAUUCAGAGUGUCCUGAGCUGGGCCCAGUGGUGACAGUCAAAGACUCCUUUGUAUUGAGCAGGGCAAGGUCAUCUCUGCCUCCUAAUUUAGAGAUAAGACAGCUGGAGGAUGGGACUGAGGGAGUGUUUGCUCUGACUCAGCUGGUGAAACGUACCCAGUUUGGCCCCUUUGAAUGCAAGAGAGUUCUCAAGCUGGAGAAAGAAUCAGUUUUUCCCCUGAAGGUGUUCCAGAAGGAAGGGCCCCUGGUGUAUUUUGACACCACAAACGAAGAUGAUUGCAACUGGAUGAUGAUGGUGCGCCCCGCCACCGAGUAUGAGCAUCAAAACUUAACAGCCUUCCAGCAUGACAAUGACAUUUACUUCACCACCUGCCAGGACAUCCCCCCGGGAACUGAGCUGCGAGUGUGGUAUGCAGCUUUUUACGCCAAAAAAAUGGAAAAGCCAGUGCUGAAGCAGGUCACUAGUGUUGCCAAUGAUACAUCCUUGGUAGCAAUGGAAUCUGAUAAAGAGGGGAAUAAUAAGGUCUCUUCAAAAUCUUCAUCUGCUGUCUUACCCCAUAAAAAAAACAAGAAAUCCAGCAUACUAGCAGCUGAUCCAGAAGUGAACACUCCAGAAGGCAGUGGAACAGGAGAAGCAAAGCCCAACCUGUGGACGUGUAAAGUGUGUUCAUCUGCUUUCCAAGAGCCCCAGCUGCUGACAGAGCACUUGUUGAGUCACCUGGAACAAGCCAAAGGUGCCUCCCCAAGCAGCCAAAAUGAUGCUGAGAAAGCAGAGAAAGCAGCAGAGGCUGUGCCAGCAGAUCAAACAGUGGCAAGUGAUGCAGCCAGUGCCAGCACAGACUCAAGGAGAAAGGCCAGGAGGGGAAGAAAAGCCAAAACAGCAAAAGUAGAAACACCUCUUGUCAUUGAUGAAGAGAAAGAUUCUACAGUGGAACGUGUGGCUGACGCUGUCACUGAGGUCCCUCCAGACGAGGUGGCCCUGCCUCCAGCUCCAGAAGAGAGGAUUAUGGACUUGGUUUUAGGAAAGAUGCCCAGCACCACAAACAGCAUCAGCUCAGUGACAAAUAGGUUUGCUCAUCACCAAAACACCAUGUCCCUCAAAAGAAGUUUAAUUCUCUCCAGUAGACACGGGAUUCGGCGGAAGCUGAUAAAGCAGCUGGGGGAGCACAAGAGGGUCUAUCAGUGCAGCAUCUGCAGUAAGAUCUUCCAGAACAGCAGCAACCUCAGCAGGCACAUCCGUUCUCAUGGUGACAAACUGUUUAAAUGUGAGGAAUGUGCAAAGCUGUUCAGCAGGAAGGAGAGCUUGAAGCAGCACGUUUCAUACAAGCACAGCAGGAAUGAAGUGGACAGUGAGUACAGAUACAAGUGCACCACAUGUGAAAAGGCCUUUCGGAUAGAGAGUGCAUUGGAAUUCCACAACUGCAGGACAGAUGACAAGACAUUCCAGUGUGAGAUGUGUUUCAGAUUCUUCUCUACAAACAGCAACCUUUCAAAACACAAGAAAAAGCACGGGGAUAAGAAGUUUGCAUGUGAGAUUUGCAAUAAGAUGUUCUACAGGAAGGAUGUCAUGCUGGACCAUCAGAGGCGGCACUUGGAAGGGGUGAGGCGUGUGAAGAGAGAAGACUUUGAGCACAGCACGGAGAACAUGGUUCGCUACAAGAAGGAGCCCUCGGGGUGCCCCGUGUGUGGGAAGGUAUUUUCAUGUAGGAGCAAUAUGAACAAACACCUUCUAACACAUGGAGACAAGAAAUACACCUGUGAGAUCUGUGGACGUAAAUUCUUCAGGGUGGAUGUCUUGAGAGAUCAUAUUCAUGUCCAUUUUAAGGACAUAGCCCUAAUGGAUGAUCACCAGAGGGAAGAGUUCAUUGGUAAAAUUGGAAUCUCAUCAGAGGAAAAUGAUGACAACUCUGAUGAAAGUGCAGAUUCAGAGCCUCACAAGUAUAGCUGCAAAAGGUGCCAGCUGACCUUUGGCAGAGGGAAGGAGUACCUGAAGCACAUCAUGGACGUGCACAAGGAGAAGGGUUACGGCUGCAGCAUCUGCAACCGGCGCUUCGCCUUGAAGGCCACGUACCACGCACACAUGGUCAUCCACAGGGAGAACCUGCCCGACCCCAACGUGCAGAAAUACAUCCAUCCAUGUGAAAUCUGUGGCAGGAUUUUUAACAGUAUAGGAAAUCUGGAAAGACAUAAGCUUAUACAUACAGGUGUAAAAAGUCAUGCUUGUGAGCAAUGUGGCAAAUCAUUUGCUAGAAAAGACAUGUUAAAAGAACAUAUGCGAGUCCAUGAUAAUAUCCGAGAAUACUUGUGUGCAGAGUGUGGCAAAGGAAUGAAGACAAAACAUGCCCUUCGUCACCACAUGAAGCUUCACAAGGGGAUUAAGGAAUAUGAGUGCAAGGAAUGUCACCGAAAAUUUGCACAGAAAGUCAACAUGCUGAAACAUUACAAGAGACACACAGGAAUCAAAGAUUUCAUGUGUGAGCUCUGUGGCAAGACGUUCAGCGAGAGAAACACAAUGGAGACUCACAAGUUGAUUCAUACAGUAGGAAAACAGUGGACGUGUUCAGUGUGUGAUAAGAAGUAUGUCACUGAUUACAUGCUGCAGAAGCACAUCCAGCUCACCCAUGACAAGGUGGAAGCCCAGAGCUGUCAGCUGUGUGGGACAAAGGUUUCUACCAGGGCGUCCAUGAGUCGACACAUGAGGCGUAAACACCCAGAGAUUCUUUCAGUGAGGAUUGAUGAUUUAGAGCCGCUACCUGAGACAACCACCAUUGAUGCCUCUUCAAUUGGGAUUGUUCAGCCGGAAUUAGCCUUGGAACAGGGUGAACUACCAGAAGGGAAGCAGCACAUAAAAGCUCCUAAACGUGGCCAGAAACGAAAACAAAAGUCAGGUGAGGAGGAGGAAGCUCAAGUGCCUGAGGACCCUGCCUUCAGUGAAUACACAGAGAAGGAAGGUGAAUUCACAGGGAAUGUUGGAGAUGAGACUAACUCAGCUGUACAGAGCAUCCAACAGGUGGUGGUGACCCUCAGUGACCCCAACGUCACAGCCCCCUCCAGCUCCGUGGGACUCACCAACAUCACCGUCACGCCCAUCACCACAGCAGCUGGCACCCAGUUCACCAACCUGCAGCCCGUGGCCGUGGGCCACCUGGGCGCCCCGGAGCGCCAGCUGCAGCUGGACAACUCCAUCCUGACGGUCACCUUCGACACGGUCAGCGGCUCGGCCGUGCUGCACAACCGCCAGAGCGACAUCCAGCUCCCGCCGCAGCCCGAGGCGCCCAACCCCCAGUCCGUGGCCCAUUUCAUAAACCUGACCACCCUGGUGAACUCCAUUGCUCCCCUGGGGAACCAGAUGACAGAACAGCACCCCCUGAGCUGGAGGUCAGUGCCUCAGACUGAUGUCCUGCAGCCCCCGGCGCCGGCCACGCCGCAGCAGCCGGGCCAGCAGCCCGUUCAGACAGAGCAGCAGCAGCAGCAGAUGUACAGCUACUAAUUUAUACUUGGGGAAGUGCUGGCAUGGACAGUGCUCAGAGACACAAAAAACCACAGAGACCUUUGGAAAAUUUCUACUAGGAUUGUUUGCUGGAUACCAAACAGAGAUGGGAAAAUGUUUAUCUGAUGAAAUUUAAGCUGAAGUUGGCAGAUCGCCCUGCAACACCCCGGUCUGAGAUUCUCACGCUGUGUCUAGACCUUGCACUGUCUUAAAAAAUAACAGAAAGGAGAAAAAAAAAAAAGAAAUCUUACCACAAAUUUAGCAGCCCCUUCCAGUUGUGCACUAAGAUUGAGAUUUGACAGGUGCAUCAUCACACACCUUAACCAAAGCAGGGAAAUCCUAAAUUUUGCGGCACUUGUGAUGUACAAAAACCCUUUCAGCCAUACCAUGUCACUUCUUUCCAAGUCUGGAAAUGACAUCUGAAGACCUUGUUCACAGUGGGUGGAAUGUCCUUGUGGUCAGCUGGUAGAGACUGAAACGUGAAGACACAAAGGGGCAAAACAGGAAUUGUCUCUGUUUCUUAUCUUCUUUAGGUCUUGUAUCUAACAACAUCAGUGAAGUAGGUGGAAUUUGGGGUUUUGGGGUGGGCAUGAGUGUGGUGUGGAAGAAAAUAUUACCAAUUAUUUCCAUUUUAGUUAUUGGAAAAACCCUGUACCCAUCAGACAGUGUUAGUGCUGCUUGAGCCAGAGAGCUGGUCUAAUGCUGAAGCAAACUUUUAUGGUCUUCUAGUCAAGUUUUAAUCAAACCAAUUACAAACUGAAAGAAGAAUGUGAUACGGUUUUAUGUAAUUUUUCAAACCUGCUCUUUCAAUCUUGCUUUUAGCUAAUAGGCCUGAAGAGCAAUCAGUCCCCUUUGAUGAAGUUGAGGAUGUGAAUUUUUUUCAAUUAGACUUAUUUCAUCCUGUAAUAAACAUUUGAGAAAGCAUUCUUUUUAUAUAUA